AUGAGCAACCAAGCUACCUUGAGUGGUCUCAGCUGUCGCAAGCCUCACUUCAUCUUGGUCCCCCUGGCAGCCCAAGGGCACAUAAUUCCCAUGGUCGACUUGGCUCGUUUACUUGCGGAACGAGGUGCCCGUGUCAGCCUGGUCACCUCCCCAGUGAACGCUGCUCGAAACAAGGGCAUCAUCAACCGAGUCAUGGAAUCUGGUCUUCCAGUCCACUUUGUGGAGCUCCAAUUUCCUUGUAUCGAAGCUGGUCUUCCGGAGGGUUGCGAGAAUAUGGAUCUCCUCCCUUCAAACGACCAUCUGAAGACAUUUUUCGACGCCCUGAGCCUGCUUCGAGAACCACUUGCCCGAUACGUGCAAGCACAACGGCCCCGCCCAACAUGCAUGAUCACCGACUCGAGCUGCCCGUGGGCCGCGGAUGUCGCUCGCGAGCUUGGAAUGCCACGGUUCAUCUUUCACGGGCCCUCUUGCUUUGUCAUGGUGUCCUUCAUUCUCAUGCAGCUACACGGGAUCUACGACCGCAUAACCGACGAUUUUGAGCCCAUCCUCAUACCUGGGCUGCCGCAACCAAUCGAGGUCACCAAAGCCCAGGCACCAGGCUUCUUUAAUUUGCCAGGGUGGGAAAGGCUUCGAUCGGAGGUUCUACAAGCGGAGUUGACGGCCGAUGGGGUGGUGAUGAACACUUUUGAUGAUCUAGAGCAUUCAUUUAUCGAGCUUUACAAGAAGGUGACAGGAAAGAAUGUCUGCGCUGUCGGUCCAUUGUCUCUCUGCAACAAGGAUCUUGAUGACAAGGCUGGGAGAGGGGACAAGUCUUCUAUUGACCACCGUAGAGUUCAAAGUUGGCUCGACUCGAGGAAACCCAAGUCUGUGCUCUACGUCAACUUUGGUAGCAUUGCACGGUUGCGUCCUUGCCAACUCAUUGAAAUAGGGUGUGGUUUGGAGGCAUCCAACCAGCCCUUCAUCUGGGUGAUCAAGGACGUGGAGAAGACGCCGGAGGUGGACAAAUGGUUGUCGGAGGGAUUCGAGGAGAGGGUAAGCACGAGGGGCCUUGCGAUUAAGGGGUGGGCGCCGCAGAUGGUCAUCCUGUCGCACCCUGCUAUCGGAGGAUUUAUCACACACUGCGGAUGGAAUUCGACGCUGGAGGCCGUGUCCGUAGGCGUGCCGAUGAUAACAUGGCCUUAUUUUGCGGACCAAUUCCUCAAUGAGAAGCUGAUUGUGGAUGUGCUGGGCAUUGGCGUGGCGAUUGGGGUGAAACUGCCCAUCUUCUAUUUCAGUGAAGAUGGUCCACCGGCAGCGAAGAGGGACGAUAUAGAGAGGGCAAUCUCCAGGUUGAUGGACAACGGAGAGGAAGGAGAAGAGAGAAGAAAGAGGGCCAAGGAGCUGGCUGAAAAGGCUGUGAGGGCAAUGGAAGGAGGAGGCUCAUCCACAGAGAACAUUGCAUACUUGAUUCGUUACGCCUUGGAGCAUGGAAAGAAGGAUUCGGAAGAAGAGGAACACAAUGCGUAGAUUCGUUCA